AUGACCUACCGUGCAACGCUGGACCUGCUCUUCAAAGGACAUAUAUUUGUUCCCAACUACAAAUGUGGGGUCCAAAACAAUGUAAUAGGAGUCAUUGGAGGAAUAAGUUCUGAAAUUUCCUCAUUCAUGGCAGAUAUCCUGAGUCUUUACAAGAUUCCACAGGUGCCUCCCUUCUCUCUCUGUAAUGACAAAUGCAAGCCAGGAUACAGCAGGAAAAGGAAGGAGGGGGAGAAAUUUUGCUGCUACACAUGUGUGCCGUGUCCAGAAGGGAAGAUGUCAGACCAAGAGGACAUGGAUUAUUGUGUCCCCUGCUCAGAAGAUCACUAUCCAAACAUUCGUCAAGAUAACUGUGUUCCUAAGAGUCCAACAUUCCUGUCUCUUGAAGAGCCUUUGGGCAUUAGUUUAUCUUUUGUGGCUCUUUUCUUGUCUCUAAUAACACUUCUGGUGCUUGCAGCCUUCAUUAAGCACCGGGACACUCCUAUAGUGAGAGCCAACAACCGGAGCCUCACCUACAUUCUCCUUAGCUCUCUUUUUCUUUGCUUCCUCUGCUCUUUGCUGUUCACUGGACAGCCUAACAUGAUGACCUGCCUCCUCCGGCAAACAGCUUUUGGCAUUAUUUUCUCAGUUGCUGUUUCUUCUGUGUUGGCAAAAACCAUUACUGUGGUUGUGGCUUUCAUGGCCUCCAAGCCAGGAAACAGUUUCAGGAAGUGGGUAGGAAAAAAGUUGGCCUAUUCUAUUGUCUUAUCCUGCUCCCUUGUUCAAGUUGGCAUCUGUGCUGUCUGGUUGAGUACUUCUCCUCCCUUCCCAGAUCUGGACACACAUUCACUCACUCAAGAAAUCAUAAUGGAAUGUAACGAGGGGUCAGUUACUAUGUUUUACUGUGUCCUGGGCUACAUGGGAUUUCUGGCCACUCUCAGCUUCACUGUGGCUUUCCUAGCCAGGAAACUACCUGACAGUUUUAAUGAAGCCAAAUUCAUCACCUUCAGCAUGCUGGUCUUUUGCAGUGUUUGGGUGUCUUUUGUUCCCACCUACCUGAGCACUAAAGGAAAAGCCAUGGUGGUUGUGGAGAUCUUCUCCAUCUUGGCCUCCAGUGCUGGGUUACUCGGAUGCAUCUUUUCCCCCAAAUGCUAUGUUAUUUUGUUGAGACAAGAUUUGAACAUGAGAGAGGAAAUCAUGAAGAGAAAGCAUUGA